AUGUCGAUCGUCCAUCCAUCGAGACCGGCAUGGCGGCUGCGGCCGCAUCCUGCGUCGCCGCUCGUGCGUCAAGUAUGUCACCUACAUGGCUCCACCGACUGCGUUGAUUCGGCCCUGGAGCUGCAUCACAUAGCGGGGAGCUGGAGAGAGGAGGAGCGGGCGGCUCAUCCGCGAUGGACAUGGGAUAUGGUGCAUACAUGCUCAUCGGCGGACCAUUCUUGCACAGACUCGUGUCGCUUCCUACCCGACCUAUCGGUCACUCAGCUCACCCUCCAAGAACAGAUCGCACACUUCCACGGCGCUGAGAUGUGGAAUACGCAUUGGCAGCGUGUCCCGGAUUUCUCUCUGGAUCACAUCGGAGAGUUGUCAAGCCAGCUAACGGCGGCGCAGAGGGCGCUGGUUCAAUCCAGCCUUGCCAAAAUACAAGCUGCCUUCGAGCGCAUGGAAGUUGCCGGGUAUUUUAGACGAGUAGCAGCUUUCUAUGACAAGCUGCUCUCGAUGGGUCUCCCCCGUCCGCAAGUUUCAUUCGGCGCGGGCUUUAGUGGCUACGACCGCCUUGACGAGCGUGGGUAUGACCGUGCAGGGUAUACAGCGACGGAGGAUCACGCCAUAGACCAAUGGGAACACCGCACGAGCUACCAGGUUGCAUAUUUCCUUGCUCUUGGCCGCAUAUUCAAGCUUCCCGCUGGCCACCUCAUCGCCUACGAUCCGUGCUAUUCGGUCGUCGACGUCGUCAUCCUCGCGACGCUGGGAAUACGAGCUUUAACCCGGACCGACCCGGGCCGACCGUACCUCCGGAAGUUCACCGUCCCGACGGUGUUCUAUGCGCCCGGCGCAGAACAGACCACCAUCGGGGACGCCAUACUCCGCACGCCGGCCAUCUCCGACCUCCUCAUUGAAUGCGCGGACGUCGCGUGGUGCUUGGCCGACUCAGAUAUUCCGGACCAACGGCUGCAUUAUCCUGGCACUAUCAUCCAGCAUUAUGUUGCAAACUACGUCAAGCAUUCUGUGCCGAGCUUCGCCAUCGGGAUGGCUCCGGACAUGCAAGCGGAGGCGCCGUGUGGAGAGGAGCACAUGGUGCAGUGGGUGCCAGCCGCAAAACGUACCACGUUUGAGGCUGCGCGGGGCGGAGCGAGGGACCCCAAGCCCCGGCAGGGCAGUCGUUUGGAGCGUGGGCCGGAAAUGCGCCAACUUCUCGCGUCAGCUGUGAGCCUGAUUGCCUCUAUCAGUCUCCCGACCCUUGUUCGGUCAUCGGGCGACUCCGGCGAGAUCCAGGCCGUCGGCGUCCACAUUCUCACGGGCCCUCCGACGAACACAGGCACCUUCGACGAUGAGCGGUGCUCCUCGGAUCAAGUCGCCAACAUCCGCAAUGGGAUCAUCGAGGCACAAGAGAUGGCCGACGCGGCGAUCGAGCUGCUUAAACCGAAGGACAUGAACAAGAGCAACGGCUUCUUCUGGAUCUUCGGGGGCUCUACCGUCGACCCCGCCUUCAUCAUCAAACACUUCACGUUCGUGAAAAAGCUCGGUACACCGGACGAAAUACGCGCCACGGGCAAGUUCGAAGGCAGCCGAACCGACUUGAUUUUCACGUGUAUCCCGGCAAGGCUACCUAAAGCCGCCGCUGUUUACGCUAACACAAUCAGCGUCGGCCGGCGGAUGCCGAGCACCGGCGGCGUCCCGGUGCUCAAUCUCAUCAGACUAUCCCCUGUAGCGCUCGCAAACCCGGAGUCGUAUUCCACCGCCGCGUCUCGGAUCCGCGGCUCGGGUAACAUCAAGGACGGCUUCCCGCUCGUCGAUUUUGGUGCGCUCGGCAAGAAGCCUGUGCCGCCACUCGCGUUCACCAUCAUCCACGAGGUCCAGCACUCAGAUCCGCUGGCGGACGACCCCAUCCUCGACCACCUCGUCGACGUCCGCGGCUCCAGCGGAAAUCGGGCCUACGGCUUCACGCAGAUCAUGCACGAGCUCACGGUCGACGAAAAGCGGCGAAAUCCGCAGAACUACGCGUUCUUCGCCCUGUUGGCGCAAUCGAACCCCGAGAUCUUCGCGCCGGACUGCUAUUUUGGUGAUGCGCCAUUGAGCUUGACGCCGAUAGCGGGGCAGCGGGACGGCGAAACUGAACAGCCGCUAAGCGUCCCGGAACCGGAGCCAGCGCCAGAGACAUGCGGUGCCAAGGUCCCCGGCGCCUGCGACGCGUGUAAGAAGAUCAUCAAAGGAAUCCCGGGGGACGUGAUGCUGGAUGAUUUUGAUCCUGAGUCUGCGUAA